GCGCUUCUGGAGAUUCCAGUGGUCUAGCAAUCAAUGACCAGGGCGACACGGGGAACCGACACGAAAAAAUCCGGACGGAAACAGACGAUCGAGGACAAGCCGUGCAUUUCUGGAGAGGAACAACACGCUUUUAGUGGAUCUACCAAAAGAAAAAAAAAGGACUGACAAGAACAAGUUAUUUUCUCUGAGCAUCUUUACCUUUCAAUGAACUCUAGCUUGUAAGGUCCGGGACAGCAUGAACCUGACUGAUGCCCUGUGUCUCCAUGCCAACCGAAGCCUCAGGUCGAGGUAAACCUAAACCCUCCUGUCAGAAGGUAACCUCUCUGCCCCAAUCCAAACUCUACAGGAAUAUGCCCGGCCUGCACUAUGGACUCCAACAGCACCGAGUUGGGCCUGUACUCACCAUCCAACAUCCUUGGAGUGGAAGUCUACCUGGCAUCCACUCCGUGGCCACUGCUCCAGAACACAAGCCUCAUCAACCUCAGUGCCGUGUUCAAGCUCAAUGGGAGUAAUUUCGAGGUUGAAGGUCAAUCCUAUGAUCCUCUAGGUGGUCACUCACUCUGGCAGGUCAUUCUAAUCGUUGUCUUUACAGGACUGCUCUCCCUUAUUACUAUUAUUGGCAAUAUCUUGGUCAUGGUGUCAUUUAAGGUAAACCGCCAGCUCAAAACGGUUAACAAUUACUUCCUACUUAGUUUAGCCGUGGCAGAUCUUAUCAUUGGGGUCAUCUCUAUGAACUUGUACACCACCUACAUUGUCAUGGGCCAGUGGGCAAUGGGAAACUGGGCAUGUGACCUCUGGCUAGCAAUAGACUAUGUAGCCAGCAACGCAUCUGUCAUGAAUCUGCUGGUCAUUAGCUUUGACCGAUAUUUCUCCAUCACAGGGCCUCUGACAUACCGUGCCAAACGUACCACAAAGCGGGCAGGAGUGAUGAUUGGCCUGGCAUGGUUUGUGUCGCUCAUACUUUGGGCUCCUGCCAUCUUGUUUUGGCAGUAUUUUGUAGGAGAAAGAACCGUUCCACUGGAUAAAUGUUACAUUCAGUUUCUCUCCGAGCCUAUUAUUACAUUUUGCACCGCGGUGGCGGCUUUCUACCUGCCGGUGACGAUAAUGAGCGUUCUAUACUGGCGAAUAUACAAAGAGACAGAGAAUCGUUCUCGGGAACUUGCAGGAUUACAAGGCUCAGUUGGAAGGUUCGGAGGUGUCGAGCGGCCGCACUUCCACCUCCACACCACUGGGGGGAGCUCUAGAAGCAGCAGCAACUUCGAACUGGGCCAACCUGGCCACAAACAAAGCUCCGUUCACGGCCUGAGUGGGCGAUUCCACUGCUGGGGGUGGAAGUCGGGUGGAAGGGAUAAAGGUGGGCCACACCGGGAGGGAGAUCAGAGUAGCAGUGACAGCUGGAACAUUAACGAUGCUGGACUGUCAGCUGACCAUUCAGGCUCAUCUGACGAUGAUGAGAGUGCGCCGUCCACCACGCGGGCAAUCUUCUCUAUCGUUCUCAAUCUGCCUGGCAUGAGGGCAGCUGUAAACUCCCAGGUCACUUCUUGUGAGGAUUUGGACACAGAGGAAAAUCCAUUACGGCCCCCUGUGUUGAACGAUGACAGGGAUGGCAGCAUCCCACGCUCCGUCACCAACGGGGACAAGCAGUUUAUCGGAAGCAUUAGUAAUGUUCAUUCGAUGACUGCUAUACAGUCGUCGACAGAGCCGAACGUAGAUCGCACCAGCACCACCAUCAAAUCUCCCUCAGCACCCAUAACUUUCAGAGAGGCAGCUUUAGCUAAACGUUUCACAGCUCGCGCAAGGACGCAAAUCACCAAGAGGAAGCGCAUGUCGCUUAUAAAAGAAAAGAAAGCAGCGCAAACUCUAAGUGCCAUUCUUUUCGCUUUCAUUAUAACAUGGACGCCUUAUAACAUCAUGGUGCUAGUUAACACUUUCUGCAAUGGCUGCAUACCUGAGAACCUUUGGGCGCUAGGCUAUUGGCUAUGCUAUGUUAACAGUACAGUAAAUCCUAUGUGCUAUGCCCUUUGCAACAAGACAUUUCGUAGCACUUUCAAGAUGAUCCUGCUUUGUCGCUGGGAUCAGAAAAAAAGCAAGCCAAGCUUUCCACAAAGACAGACUGUGAAGUUUCACAGGAGCAUACCGACAGACUCCACAUAGCAACUUGGCUAAUUUGCUAAUGCUAACAUGUAAAUUGCGAGGGGUAAUUCCUAAUUAGUAUCUGUACUAUAUACUGAAGCUUUAAUGUGUGAAUCUCAACGUGGACGUGUAGUUCAGUCACUUAUUAUCCCGGUUCACUAGAUUGUAACAUUUUAAGACACUGUGAUUUAGCGUAAAAAGAGCUUCAGUGAUACUGAAGCACAACUGAGCAAGUGCUGUGGCCAUCAGUACUUCCUGUGUAUGUUUUAUAUGCCAUACCAAAUCUGGAGUGGCAACUUUCAGGAGUUCUGCUGUGACAUUAAAAAGUACAUUAGAAGUGGAGACUGUAUAUGUUGAACCUUAGAGAGCUGAUCGGAUGUGAUACUCUCAAUUAAUUGUCUGAAAAAUUUGGGGUUGAAUAUUAAAUCUCGUUGUCAGUCAACAGAAACUACGAUUUUUAAAUUAGGUGAUGUAUAUCAAAGUAUUUACAGUGAAGAUAUUUCUUUUUGUAAGUGAAGUGUGCUGAUUUCUGUGAAAGCGUGCCUCACAGAGGUUCAGUAUCUUUGCUGUCUCUGUAAGUGUAAGUGUUCUUCUGCAACAUGUGAGCCACAGUUAAACAGUUUAUAGGUUUUUCUCUCUCUCCUUUUGGUUAUUCAUAAAUGGCACUUCCGUAAGCUGCUCUUGUAUAAAGCGUGGUUGUUUACAUUUGUUUUGUUAAAAGUAUUUUAAUAGCUGUUGUGUAGGUUUUUAGUGCACAUUGAACAUGUUAGGAAUGCCUUAUGUUUGGACUUUGAGAUUGUGCACUGAAUAAACUGGGCUAGCUGUGAAAUCAUUUAUAAAACCUAAACAAUGUUUUUAACUGUUUAAUGGACUUCCAUAUUUUGACAUUAGUGUGUUGGAAUGUAAUUCCAUUUGCAACCAAACUGUUUGCUCUGUCACCAACAGAUUUGGAAAUGACAGUUUUUAACAUCAGCCAAAUUAGUUACCUAAAGUAGCUGCAGAUUUGCUUAAUAAGGAGCACACAAAAUACAGACCUAUCAAUCAAAAGUGAAUUCUUCAACUGUGGGCUCCUUUGGCACUGUGGAGA